AUGCAUGUUCGCAGCAGCCAAAGCACCGCGCUCGGGCGCUUAUGCAAUACCCAGCAACCCGUCACUACACUCACCCCAAAACAAGCAAAUGCGACCACACCGUACCGUCAAUCCAGGAACCCCGCUUUUACGAUUCAGUAUCGAAAUCAACUUCUCUCGCAUGCUCUAGGAGUAUCACAGGCAACCUUUACUGUUCACUUCUUUCACUGUUGCGUACGCAUAUCGGGUGCACGCCUACUUUGA